CGGCCGGGCGGCGCCGGUGCGGUCUGAGGCUGAGGCGGAGGCGGCGGUGGCUCAGCAGAGCAGCGGCAGCGGGUAGCCGUGUCGGCGUGUCCGACCUCCCUCCAUCUCCUCUCAAGGUUCUUCGACGCGGUUUUGGGUCUAGCGGACACAGCCCCUGGCCAUGGACUCCCAGAAAGAAGCUCUACAAAGGAUCAUUUCAACUCUGGCAAAUAAAAAUGAUGAAAUUCAGAACUUUAUUGAUACACUAAAUCAAACACUAAAAGGAGUUCAGGAAAAUUCUUCUAACAUACUUUCAGAGUUAGAUGAAGAAUUUGAUAGUUUAUACUCCAUAUUGGAUGAGGUAAAAGAAAGUAUGAUUAACAGUAUCAAGCAGGAACAAGCUCGUAAAUCACAGGAAUUACAGAGUCAGCUUAGUCAAUGUAAUAAUGCCCUGGAGAACUCAGAAGAACUACUAGAAUUUGCAGCAAGGUCACUAGAUAUAAAGGAACCUGAAGAAUUUUCAAAGGCUGCCAGACAGAUCAAGGAUAGAGUGACAAUGGCUUCAGCUUUUCGCCUUUCUUUGAAACCAAAGGUCAGUGACAACAUGACUCAUUUAAUGGUGGAUUUUUCUCAGGAAAGACAGAUAUUGCAAACUUUGAAGUUUUUGCCAGUCCCCAAAGCUCCAGAGAUAGAUCCAGUAGAGUGUUUGGUGGCUGACAAUUCUGUAACAGUAGCUUGGAGAAUGCCAGAAGAAGAUAAUAAGAUUGAUCAUUUUAUACUGGAAUAUAGGAAAACUAAUUUUGAUGGACUUCCACGUGUAAAGGAUGAGCGAUGCUGGGAGAUAACUGAUAAUAUUAAGGGUACUGAAUAUACACUAUCAGGCCUAAAAUUUGAUUCAAAGUAUAUGAACUUCAGAGUGCGGGCUUGUAACAAGGCUGUGGCUGGAGAGUAUUCUGAUCCAGUGACUCUAGAGACCAAAGCACUUAACUUCAGUUUGGAUAACUCAUCCUCCCAUUUGAACCUGAGAGUUGAAGAUACCUGUGUAGAGUGGGAUCCUACUGGAGGAAAAGGUCAAGAAAGCAAAAUUAAAGGAAAAGAGAACAAGGGCAGUGCCCAUGUUACUUCACUGAAGAAACAUACAAGAAGUGGUACACCAUCCCCUAAACGGACAUCCAUAGGCUCCAGGCCACCAGCAGUAAGAGGCAGCAGAGAUCGUUUUACUGGGGAAUCAUAUACAGUGCUGGGAGACACUGCUAUUGAAAGUGGACAACAUUACUGGGAGGUCAAGGCCCAGAAGGAUUGUAAAUCCUACAGUGUGGGAGUAGCAUACAAGACUUUGGGGAAAUUUGACCAAUUAGGAAAGACAAACACUAGUUGGUGUAUCCAUGUCAACAACUGGCUACAAAACACAUUUGCAGCAAAGCAUAAUAAUAAAGUCAAAGCCUUGGAUGUUACUGUUCCUGAAAGAAUAGGUGUAUUUUGUGAUUUUGAUGGGGGUCAACUUUCUUUCUAUGAUGCAAACUCAAAACAGUUGUUGUAUUCCUUUAAGACAAAAUUUACUCAGCCAGUACUACCUGGUUUCAUGGUUUGGUGCGGUGGACUUUCUUUGAAUACUGGGUUGCAGGUUCCAAGUGCUGUGAGAACACUUCAGAAAAGUGAAAAUGGAAUGACUGGUUCGGCUAGCAGCCUAAACAAUAUUACUCAAUAAUGCCUAUUCAGAAUAUGUUUACCUUCCCUCACCCGUUUUUGAUUGGGUGGCCUUUUCUGUGCAGUUACUAAUCACAGAAAUUUAUGAGUGGUGGAAAUCAGGUUUGCUACAUUCUGCUUUAAGGUGUGGAAUCUGUUAGCAUCAAGCAUCUAGUAUGAAGCAUUCACAGGAACCUGCUGAGCAAUAUCAGAGAAGCAAGCAGACGUCGAGCAAGAAACUGAUGUUUUGAAGAGUAAAUGGGAAAAAAAAGGCAGUGUUUAAGUAGUUACAUAGAAACUCAGUUUUGUGUUUCUUGGAUUACUUUGGUUCUUCUAAUACGUUUCGUUACAUAUGGUAGCCCUAGGACCUGAGGGAAAAGCAUUGAAAUCUUGUCUUCUUUCCUCUGUACUUUCUCUUUUUUAAUGUCAUCAAUACCUGUUAUUUAGUUCUUACACUGAAGCUUGAAAACUAUACAGUCCUCCAUGGUUUUCUAAAAAUGGAAGUAAUUGUUUAGGGAUGGUAGAAAGGUUUUCUUACAAUAGUUUAUUUUUCCCCUUUUAUAAACAAGCUGAGGUUUGCUAAAUUAUCCUCUUUUGUUUAUUGACUGGAUUGAAUAUCAUUUUCUCUUUUCCAAAUAUUGUGAUAUUUCUCUUAUGGUUAUAACUCAAAAAAGAGAGUGGAUAGGAAGUUUUUAGACAAAAUAGCUUAAAAUCACCCAAAUUUCAGUUUUUUACCUGCCGCAAAGGGGUAUUCUUUAUGUUACCCUAUUUAAUUAGACUUUUCUUUCCAUCGUUUUGGAUGAUGGAUAAGAUUUUUUAAUGCUUUAUAUUUUCUUAUUUUUUGUCUAGUUUAAUACUACCUUUAAUAGUUACCUUUGGUAAAUUCCCACUUGAAUUUGGUAAUAACUGAUUUUUAACAUUUCUAGGAAGAUGAAAGUUUAUUAAAGUUAUAUAGUAAGUAGAGAAAGCUACCUAUACAAGUUUUGUCUACGAGGAAUAGGUUAUAAAGGGAGGUGCCUAAAACUAUUCUUUACUGAAGUCAUUUAAAUCUGCUUUUUAAUAAGAUGGAAUGGUUUAAACAACUGUUUUGAAAAGCUUCAAAUCUCUGACUUAUUUGGCACAUGAGUUUUUCAGAUAUAACUAUUCAGAGGUGGUUUUUCUCUCAAUCUUUUUGCUACAUGCAUUUGCUUUCUAAAGGGUUGUAAUUCUUCCAAAAAUCAACAUAGAGUAAUCUUUACCAAACUUAGGGAAAAUGUGUUAAACAGUGAGUAACACCCAUGGUUAUUGAGCAGAGUAUUUAUAUUUUAAAAGUUGAUUAAAAUUUGUAACAAGUCCUUUGAGCCAAACUGAAAGUUGUAAUUACAGUAUUUAAGAAUCCCUUGAGCAUUUUAAAGAGGUCUGGAUUUGUAUAUUCCUUAAUUUUUGAAACUUUUACUUUCUCAUGUUGACUUUCUUUCGUUCACAUUUUAAGUAUAUCGUGUUAUGACAACCUCCCUAGAAGUGACCGUUGCUGCUUAUUACAUCUGAAUUGCUUUCUACAGAAAGCCCUGUGGAAUAGGAACAGCUCAUUCUCUCUUAAAGUUUACUCAUAGGAUGUUUUGUUCAUUGUAAAACAAAUCUAAAUGAGGAAUUUCAUUUGAACUGGGUAUUAUUUUUUCAUAGGACAUUCAUACCUAUACCAUUGUCUGAUGACAUAUUUUAAAGACUAUAAUGAAGUUUAGAGAAUGACAUUGUCAAUAGAUAUUCUUUUGAUUUUCCAUAUAAAUAUAAUUUUGGUUUUUGUUUCUCCUAGAGAUUUUGAAAGAAAUUUUUGGAUGUCCCUACAGCAGGGUCAUUCUAGGACCUAAGGAAACAGGAAGUUAUAAUUCUUUUUCAUAGAGUUAAACCUGAAAGCAGUAAGUUAGUGGUGGAGCUUUAUGUGAACUGCUUUCUGUGAACAGUUAUGUAUAUUUUAACAAAAUGACACAGAAAAAGCCAGAAGUUCUUGUACUAAAAACUUUUACUGUUAUGUCUAUAUAAUUGUGUCCUCUCUUUAAUUUUAAGUGCCUUUUUCCUCUAAGCAUGCUCUUGCUCCAUUCCCCAUGCAGUGUCAACUGAUAUUUAAACCAGAGACCAUUAUGUUAUACUGGUAAGGGGCUUCUAUUGCAGGGGCAUGAGGAAAAGGAAAUAUUAAUCAGUGGCUGGAGGAGUGCAUAUUAUUCUUCCUGUGCUCAUACCAUCAUUUGAAACCCUUCAUAUAAAAUUUUCAAAUAUUCGUUUGGAAAAUUCAUUUGAAGUAAUACUAUUAUACCUCAGAAUAAGAAUCUGAGGUAUAAUAGUACCUUUUAAUAGUACUAAAGGAAACCUUUAGUUUCCUUUUGCUGUGCUUCUUCUUAAAAGUCUCUAAAAAAAAUAACAAAAUGUGUGGGGUUUUAGCUUAGUUGAUUUACGUUUAUUUGUGUUAAGUUAAACUGGAGGAAGUUUGCCACCCUAUUUUCAAACUAGAAAAUAAUCUAACUGUAGUGCCUAUUUACGUAGUCUCAAAUUAAGGUAACUAUUAACUUGACACACAGUAUAUAACAUUCUCUUUGACAUUUGAAUUAAAAAAUACUGAGAUUUUCUGCACUCAAUUGAAGACAUUAUGGAAAGUUGGUAUACCUUUUCAAAUAUUCUUUAUUGUUUUUUUCUUUACUCUUCGUUUUGACAGGUCAAACAUGAUUGCUUUCUGUAAAAGAAAUGCAUGAGAGGUUGACGGUAAUGUAUGUUAUCACAGGUGUAAAAAAAAUUAUGUUUUAUAAAAACAUACAUUUAGUAUUGCCUUCCUCUUUUAGCAGUUGAAUCCCAAAGCAGUUUUAGUAAACUGGAUAAAGAAGGAAUUGCCUUAAGCACUUUAGAAAAAGAAUUCUUUUACAAUUCAUUUUGACUCUUUGGACUGACUGUGUCACAUACAUCUUUAACUUUUCAUAAAUAUGUAUAUAACAAGCAUUUACUAACUAAAUGCACAUACAAAUUUAAUAUACAGUAAUUCUUUGAAUGUUCCAGGUGUAGGUAAACAAAUUGAAAGUAUUAAAGGCGUGCCUGUCUGUACAUGGGUUUAACUGAUGGCACCUGUACCAUUUUGACAAACCAUGAACUGCUGCUGUACAGCUAGACUUGACCGAAUUUGUUCUGCAAUCAUUUUUUCCCCAUGGUAUCAUCUAAAGAGACAUACUGGUUGGCUUUAUUUGCUCAUUUAUGAAAUUAAGGUGUGUACAGUAUCAUGUAUAAUUUGAAUUUUUGAGACUGAUCCUUGGUGGUAUAAAGAAUAAAUAAUUUGUAAUGAAAUCUUUUAAUUAGGCUAAGAUACUCUAUUCCAUGACUUACCUAGAAUGAUUAGUUUUUCUAUAUAUACUUUUCUCAUAAAAUUAUUAAGUUACUUAGUGUCUUUUGGAAAAAUGGCAAAAAAUUGGAAAAGGAUAUAUAUGGAAAAUGAUUGUUUCAGAGUAUUAAUUUUA